UUUUGCCCUUUUCUGUUAUUUUCUUUUCCUUUUAAACAAUGACUCCACUCGGUCCACGGUCCUCACCUCAUUCUCAUCUAACUCGGGAAGUUUAGGGUUUCGGGUUUUAACGAAGCGGGAGGGAAGAGAGAGUUAGAGCGCUCUCAGGAAUCAACUAUGGCGGACGACGACUACAACGACAUGGACAUGGGAUACGAAGAUGAACCGGAACCCGAGCCUGAAGACGAAGGCGUCGAGGAGGAGGCUGAUAACAACAACAACAACAACACCAACAACAACAAUGAAGACAUUCCCGAAGCCGAUGCCGGAGACAAAGAAGAAGGACAGCUGCCGGCGGAUCGGCCACGUAAGACAUCGAAAUACAUGACCAAGUAUGAGCGCGCGCGAAUAUUGGGUACUCGUGCUCUGCAGAUCAGCAUGAAUGCUCCUGUGAUGGUUGAGUUAGAGGGCGAAACUGACCCGCUCGAGAUUGCCAUGAAGGAACUGCGCCAGAGGAAGAUACCGUUCACAAUUCGUCGAUACCUGCCCGAUGGAAGCUAUGAGGACUGGGGAGUUGAUGAAUUGAUAGUGGAAGACUCGUGGAAGAGGCAAGUCGGCGGUGAUUGAUCUUUCAAUUGUCUGCAAGUGAUUGGGUCCGCUGAAGCUAUAUAUGUAUCAUGUAGAUUUUUAAAUUUCUGCCUUGUUUGUGGACUUCAAACUUACAGUUCGUGUGAAAUCAUAUCCUUUUCCUUAAAA